AUGGCACCUGCUCUACUCCUUGAGCCGGAAAUCACAACUGGUGUAACAUCGGCUACAGCCAAAAAAGAGGCCAACAAGCCGACAGUAUAUGUGAUAGACCCAUGGCAUCCUAAAGCCAUUGAACAUGCCAGGACGCUGUUCAAUGUGGUCCUCAACACGGACAAGGACUUCCAAGGCUGGCAGGAAAAGGCUACCGCAAUCCUCAUGCGCGGUUCCUAUCUUCGACGAGACGAUAUCGAGAAGUGUCCGAAACUCAUCGCCAUCGGGAAGCACGGCGUAGGGAUUGACAAGAUUGACGCGCAGGAGUGUGCCUCGAGGGGUAUCAAAAUCCUGAACACCCCCGGCGCCAAUGCACAAGCUGUUGCUGAGCUUGUCCUGGCUCUGACCAUGUCGGUUGCGCGCCAAAUACCGUCUAUCGCAACAAGGCAACUGAAAGAGCCUGUGCACAAGCAGUCCUGCAAUGGGGUAACACUGCAUGGAAAGAGCGUUGGGAUAAUAGGAAUGGGCAGCAUCGGCCGCAAGGUGGCAAAUAUGUUCCGUGGAGCCUUCAACGCCCCGAUCAUGGCUUAUGACCCCUACAUGCCAGCGGACGCCUGGAGCGACAUCGAACACACGCGCGUACAGUCGUACACAGAUAUACUUGCUCACGCCGACGUCUUGACCAUCCACGUUCCACUUACAGAGGAGACAAGGGGCAUGAUCUCGUAUAAGGAGCUGAGCCACAUGAAGCAAACUGCUAUCCUGAUCAAUGCGUCCCGUGGUGGAAUUGUGGACGAGAAGGACCUACAACGCGCAUUAAGCGAGAGUUUGAUCUGGGGGGCUGGCUUGGAUGCACAUGAGGAGGAGCCACCAACAGUUGAAAGAUAUGGGGAGCUGUGGGAGCUGCCCAACGUCGUAAGCACGCCGCAUAUAGGCGCAGCUACUGAAGAUGCGCAGCUCGCAUCGGCUCUUGGCGCAGUAGAUAACCUUUACAAUUAUCUGGUGUCUUUGAACUAG